UAUAUAACAGGUCCAUCUUGUGGCGAGGGAGUUCCUCGAUCUUUGGACAUUAUCAGAAUGCGGUGGCUUGUUCUUGGCGUUUUUGUGAGCAUCUGUUGCUUGGCCUCCGGUCGUGACAGUGACAAUGCCAGGGUGGCAGCGAUAGUGAGGCUCACUAAGACGGCCUAUUUCCUCACCACCUCAACCACCACCACGCCUUUCACAUGCGCUAUCGCCACCAACACGGCGGCUGUCUGUCAGAGGCGCCGCAAUCUACGCUACGUAUCUCUCAAGGAUCCAACUAAUAUGUCCAACCCCAUAUAUGGGUCCAUGCUCGAUCUGACGAGCCCCGAGGACGUGGAGGCCGUGAAAGAGAGGGAUCCGCGCAUCGCACUUUCCAUCCGGUUCACAACCACCUCCACCUUCACCGUAACCUCCACUUCCAUCAACAGUGCAAUAACCUUCUCUUUAUCCUUCUUUUGCACCGUCAAUGGAGCCUCAUAUCCACCGGCCUGUGGUUAAGGGCUGAAGGAGGACACGACCACGGACGAGCCAGAACCUCAGAGAGUGAAGACUGACGGCAGGAAAUUCGCCUGCUGUAAGUAUUUACUCCAUCUCCUCUCCAUUCUCUACGCCAUUCAAGAGAGUCCGUCGUUGCAUCUUGUAUCUCAUGUUCUCGUCUCCCUCUUCAGAAUAUUUUUUCCUGAGUUCUGGUUCGUGUGAGGCCACUCGUUCACCAACUUAAAGCAUGUCUAUAUUCUAAGCACAUUUUAUUUAAAACUUCAUGUCGGGGUCAGUUAUGUAAAUACAUUAAUAUACUAUUGUACAUUUCAA